AUGGCCAUGAGUCUCGACAGUAAAGUUAUGUGGACCUUCGUCCUGACCAAUCUUUUUGUCCUCGCUUCGGGAAUCAUCCUCAUAGCCCAAGCAUUUGUUUGGCGUGAACGAUGUGCGACACCCACGACCGGGGAUUUAUCACUGAAUCUCAUCCUUGGAAUUUGUCCACUCAAAGGAGCCAUUUUCGCCGGCGCCCUCGUGAUCACCACCUCCCUCUCCGCAAUCUUUGGCCUCCGUCGCACCCCCUCCUCCCGAACCUACCUCAUGGUCCACGCCUACGCCCUCAUCGCCUGCGCCGUCACAACCCUCAUCCUCGGCCUCCUCGUCUGGUUCAUCACCCUCAUCGAACGCGCCGAUAUCGCAAACAUCUGGACCUCCUCUUCACCAACCAUCCAAGCAACCCUCCAAGACCAAUUCAAGUGCUGUGGGUACUGGAACGCGACAAAUCCCGGGUUCGUGCAGAGUCAAGAAUGUCCGGAUGUGAGCACGGCGAGUGGGUUGCCGGGGUGUGUUACGACGUUCGUGCCGGUUGCGGAUUUGGUGUUGAAUCGGUUGUUUACGACGAGUUUUGGGUUUGUGGGGUUGGAUUGUGUUAGUUUGUUGGCGGUAUUGAUGCUGAUUAAGGUUAGGGGAGAGCAGGAGAGGUAUAGGAGGAUUGAUGAGAAGUUGGGAGUUAUCUAAGCUGGGAUUUCUUGGGAUGUGGUCACUUUCUCUUUUUGGGCAGGACCCAGGGUUAUGAUGGGGUUGGGGAUAUGGCGGAGUUCUGCAUCACGUU